UAAACGUAUCAAUAUGAAGUGGUUGCUCUGUUUGGCAACGAUUUGUGCGAUUGGAUCGCUUGGGGAGGGUCGCGAUAUCCGGCACGAGAUACCGGCAGAGGUUCCGGAAAUUGGAAGUUUUGCGACUGCCUGCUCAGUUCGUACAACUGGUGAUCUUCCGCGUCCACAACCGUUGAUUCUGAUCCCAGGCACGGAUCAGUUUCGUUAUCCCAGCACGGGCAAUGGUUUACUGGAGCUGAACGCUGGCGAAACGCUGGAACUAGCAUGUCAGGAUGGGUUUGCCCUUUUCCCUGGCAAAACCUCCAUUACGAUUACGUGCGUAAUUAAUGAUCAGUUCAACUACGACAGUCAGAUGAUAGCGUUCCGGGACUUUGCAUGUACGGAGAACUGGCUAAGCAGUGCCCGCCGUACCAGUCAGCUGUGCUUCAACGGGGCCAGGAUUGUGGAGAUUGGGUUUAACGUGGGUCAACGUUUCCCAAAAAUCUUGGACGUAUGUCACGAUGAGCUGUCGUUGGACAAUCAUUAUGUAGUGCACGAGUUCACCCCAGCUAAUGCAGGAUUCCAGCAAGGCGUUCCCCGACCAGGCUGGUAUCAGGGCGAUUUCUAUCCCGGUAUCAACAUUAAUGGGCUGUACACGGUAAAUACGCAGCGAGCAACCAUUGCAACCAUCCUGAACUCCCAGCCACGAGCGGACGAACUUGUGCAGGGAACGGACAAUGGUAUCUUCCUUGCCCGUGGUCACAUUGCGGCACGAGCCGAUUUUAUCUACGGAACACAGCAAAACGCUACCUUCUGGUUCCUGAAUGCUGCCCCUCAGUGGCAAAACUUCAACGCCGGAAAUUGGGAGCGCAUUGAGUCGUCGGUCAAAACGUUCGUCGCCUCUCGCAACAUCCGUGUGCGAGUGUAUGGAGGAACGUACGGUGUACAAACGCUGGCUAAUGGUAAUGGAGAUCAUCGUGAGAUCUUCCUAGACUUUGACCCUAACGGACGGACUCGGGUACGUGCACCGAGAGUGUACUACAAAAUCCUUCACAACGAAGCCCAAAACUCGGGCAUAGUACUGAUCGGUGUGAACAAUGUGCACAUCUCGCUGGAGGAGAUCCGCCGGGACUACAUCUUCUGCACGGACGUCAGCAGCCGCAUUGGAUGGAUUAACUGGGAGCGGGAAAAUCUUGCCCUGGGAUAUUCGUACGCAUGUGAGGUGAAUGAGUUCAACCGUGUGACUGGCCACUUACCACAGCUGAACGUGGCGAGCUUGCUCGUGUAGGGGAAGCGGUGCGAUUCUGCUUUAUCGUUCCCUUUCCGGAAUGACUUAUUGUACUGGCGCAAAAAAUAUACUUAAAGAUGCUCGA